CCAAUUCCAUAUUCGAUUUCAAUUUCUUGCCUUAUUGUUCUUCGUUCCAAGUUAAAAUUUACGAUAAGAAAUGCAAACGUUGAUCCACUUUCUUUAUUUUCGUUAUAAAUAACCGUGCAUUUUAUUGCCUUUUUCUUUCUUUCUUUCUUUUUUUUUUUUUUUUCAAAGAGAUUUCGAUCGCAAGGGAAAAAGAAAAACGAUUCAUCGAUGCGUUAGAGAAAUAGCGGGGAGAGCAACGUCGACCUUUGCGAAACUUUGAAAUAUGACGUGAGGCAAACAGCAGAUGUUACACACUGUGCCAAAACCAAUUUGGACCGUCUCAAGAAUGUGCGCCACACAGUUUUCCACCAGCCAGUAUAUACCUAGGGAAACGGUUUCGAAGCGGCGGAUUUGUCAGGGGAACGACGCCGCUGUGUUUUCACCCAGACACAGACCUUAAAGUGUCGCUUAAGCGAGUGGCAUCCUGGGCUUGUACAUGAGUCACUCUCUUGUUCGAUCGACCCUCGUCACGCAAUUCCCACCACGCGUGUGUGUGUGUGAGACGCAAUUCGCAGUUUUUGAAAUCGAGUACACCGCGGUUUCUCGAAACGUUUCGCGUCGACUCGAUUUUAAAUUUGGAUCUCGAUCUUUGCGCGAAAACAGGCGAUUGUACGGCGUACAAUGUAGCCAAAUAGUUUUAAAAUUAUCGAUCGCACGACAAAUUUAGAAUCCUCGAAUCCAGGAAUUCGAAUUCGAGUUAUUAACUUGGAGUGAACGGAUCGAUCGAGCGGAAAGUGUUGUAACUCGGAUAUGUAAUCGACGAGAAACGAUAUGUAAAGACGUGUAACAAGAUUAUUUAUUUCUAUCGCGCGUACGGUAUUGGCUCGCAAAAUUCCGUGACAUUUCUCAAUUUACAAUUUGCACCAACGUCCAGACUAAUGACGGUUCCGCUCCAUUACUUUACAGGCAAAUAUUUUUCACGCGGAUAAAUGGCGCACGCAUGCGAAACACGCGUAACACGAACAUCGUUGGGGAGGGAAAAAAGAAAAAUAAAAAGAAAGAAAGAAAAAAAAAAGAGUUCGAAUUAACAUAACGUGUUACUGGGUUACAUGGAAAAGCACGCGAGUCUCAUCUGACACGGUUUAUAAUUUUUCCCAAUUCACCGCCGAUUUGAGAGAAAUUUGAUCGUUGAAUGAUAAAAAUGUUGGCGAAAGAGUUAUCGAUCUCGAUCGAACAACCCAUAAAUUUCGGAUCGUGUUCGAGCUCCGAUUGCUAUUCCGAAUCCAUCCGAACUACGAGCGAAAUGAUCGUAGAAGGCGAAUAACGGUUUCGAAUAAAUCAAUUAUUUCUCUCGGCGGAAUUAAACCGCGAUCGAAGCUGCAACGUGUUGCAACCUCGGGUCAAGGGUGUGUCUGUAUUUUCAGCGUCCGACAAUCCGGCGCGAUUUCGUCCGAGCGGAUACUAAAUAUAAAUCACAUUGACUUUUGGAUAUGAAUCGGCAAGUUAUAUUUGCAUUCCGCGAUCUUUUUCCACGAUUUUUAACGAUAUUACGUAUACUUGCCAAGAAAUAUGCAUAUACAUAAUAUAACUGCCUGUAUUUACAGCAUGGAAUUGGAGGAAAGGGAGAGACGAAAUUGGAAAUUCGAAGAAAAUUCCCUGAUUACGUCAAUUUAUUUUAUCAAACGAUUGAAACAACGAUCUUAAUCGACUCGAUCGAGUCACUGAAAUUGCCGCGAAAACGUUCAACGAAACGUUCUUUCCGCUGUUGGAAAUAUAUGAAACCGAGCCUGUGUUAUUAACGCACGGUCGGUUGCUUUUCGACGUGAAAUCUUUAAUGAAGAGCCGUAUUGAUUACACGGAACAAUGCAGCAUCGAUUGCUAAAAUUAACCGUCGCCACGCUCUUAAAGAAGAAAGGGAGAGAGAGUCUGGUAGGAGUGGCUCGGCUCGAUUUUAAACGGCCAACGAUUUAUUAUUACUUUUUAAUCACCCGGCGUCUCUUCUCGCCGUGGCAAUUCGAUCAUCAAAUGGCAACACGCGAACCGAGCAUCGGACCAGCCGCGAAAGUGUGCGCGAUAAUUUCGAGUGGCGCCCCACGAUGCUAACGGUUGUUCACUUAAUUAAUGAUCAUUACGAUGCAGCGAACCGUGUGCACCUCGACAUAAUUUUCCACAGUUGAAAGACGUCUCGAACGUACUUGUACCACUGUUUUCGAACCUUGUACACGAAAAUAACGUACGAGCGAAAUUAUUAUCUUUGAUUGCUCCAAUUAUCGAUUUUAUUUUUUUAAAUCACAAUUGAUGUAAAAAAGAAGAAAAAAAAAAAGAAAAGCGAUACGAUACUUGUCGAUAAAGGAAUAUUAUCCGAUAUAAAUUUCGAUAUUUUUCGUUCGAUUUUGAACUUUUACUUGAUCAAUUUCCGAGAUUGAGGAAAGGGAAAGCGAAAGUCGAAGAGGAACGAAAUUACGCUUCCUAUUUCCGCUCGUUCCGGGGAGCGGGGAGAAAAUUGAUUUACUCUCGUUCUCGUGCUACCAAGGCUACCAAGGCCGCCAAUAAUUUCGGCCAGAUUAUUAUUCCAGCGUUUCUUUCAUCUCUGAAAUGGUUGUGCGAUCGCAUUGUGAUCUCGAUUCGGAUUGCAAAUUCGGAACGAAGCGAAGGGUGAAGCGAGAUAAACGAGAUGAGCGAAUUAUGCAAGAAGUCGGUGUCCUCGAUCGAUGUUCGAUCAGCGUACUACGAUACUAUCGAUAAGACGCGAACAUAGUCGACAAAUAGUUCAAAUGUUUUCAACCGUUUGGAUAUGUUAAGUUUGGCUACAUAUAUCAAAUUUUCAAGUAAAAAUUCAAUAACCAAAGACACAUCAGCACGACAUGAAUCGACCCCUCGGCUAUGAAAAUCCCAACGACGACAGGAACGCAAUACCACAGGAUGUUCGAUUGGAACCGACUCCAAACGUGGACACGGCUGUGAUGGAGAGAGGGAGAGGGUGCCGCCCCCGCCGCCGCCGCCGCCGCCGCCGUCGCUCGAGGAAGGGCAAGUGCAUUUGCAAACCGCGUAGAAGAAGGCGAAGGCUGAUCCUGUCCUCGAAUCCUUUCAUCAUCUUCUACCUGGAAAUGUACUUCAAGUCGCCCGGGGAACGCGUGACGAAGGUGGCACGCAAAGCCGGCAAGAUGUGGUGCGCCCUGCCGGAGAGUUCGAAAAGGAAAUACAUUCAGUUGGCGGAAAAGGCGAGGCGAAGAAGAAGAUAGGGAUGAACGAAAACUCUGUCCAUUGGUGAUACCAAGAACCUCGUGAUACGAAAGAAGAGGAUGGAAGGCGGAUCUCCACAGCUUCCGGAUCUCGAAAGCUUCUUCUCGAACGCGUUCGCGCGUUUUUUCCAAGACAAGCGGCGAUCAAUCGCAUUCGAAUCGAAAUGCUCGCGCAACGACACAACAACAACAACAACAACAACAACAACAAUACCAACAACAACAACAACAAUUCAUAUUUAUCGUUAAAAUCGAAACAUAAAGUACAAGAAAUUCGUAUCGAGAAUCCAUUGUUCGACACUGUUGUCCCGUGUCCUG